AUGUUCCACAAGAUUCUCGCUCUCUCCCUGGUGGCCGCCGCAUCGGCUCACCAAAACUUUCACCAGUUCUGGGUCAACGAUGUGACUCCUGGUUACCAGGUCGGCAUCCGUAUGCCACCCUCCAACAGCCCCGUCACUGAUGUCACCAGCAAUGACAUUGCCUGCAACGUGAACGGCUCCGACGUUCCCUCGGGCGUCGACACCGUUGCCGCCAACGAGGGCGACAGCAUCACCGUCAACUGGGACAUCUCGUCCCACCCGGGUCCCAUCACCCACUUCCUGUUUGGUCCCGUUGACGACGCCGCCCAGGCUACUGGUAUCGGCGCCGGCUGGUUCAAGAUUGACGAGCGCGACUACGUCGACGGCGAGUGGGCCAAUGAGUACCUCUCGGACAAUGGUGGAAACUACACCUUUAGCCUGCCCACCGGUCUGCAGAGCGGUGACUACCUGCUCCGCUCCGAGAUGUUGGCUCUUCACGGCGCCCAGACCGUCGGCGGUGCCCAGUUCUACAUUGGCUGCGCCCAGCUGACCAUUACCGGAACCGGAUCCGGCUCCUGCACGCCCACCAUCUCUCUCCCCGGUGCUUACAACGCCGAGGAUGACGACAUCUACAUCCCCGACGUCUACAACGGCUUCGACCCGACUACGUACACGGCACCCGGUGGCGACGUGGCCGUCUGCGGCGGUUCCAGCCCCGCCACCUCGGCCGCCUCUUCCGCAGCUGCCACCUCUGUCGCCGCGUCGGCGACCAGCGCUGCUGCCACGGCAUCUUCGACGUCGGUUUCCGCCGCCGCUGCCGCCGUGACUUCGGCCUCGUCCUCCUCGGCCGCCAAGACUUCGACCCCCGUCUCGAGCGCUGCUCCCGCCACCUCGAGCGCCGCUGCCUCGGGUGAUGACGAGGGCGAUGACGAUGAGGACGACGACUCUUGCGAUGCCGACGACGGCGAGGACACUCCUUCUUCCAGCGCCGCUGCCGCCUCCUCCACCUUUGUCACUCGCACCAUCCCGGCCUCUUCUGGCGCCGCUACCCACGCCGCAACCUCGUCGUCCAAGGCGGCCGCGUCGAGCCAGGCCUCCUCCGGAUCGUCGUCUGGAUCCGUGGCCCUCUACGGCCAGUGUGGUGGCAUCAACUACUCGGGAAGCACCACCUGCGCUUCGGGUACCUGCACGUAA